GGACAAUUCUGGAGCACUCUAUUGGUAUUUUUAUGGAACACGAAUGUACAAAGAGGACCCGGUACAAGCAAAAUCCAAUGGAGAACUCUCUUUGAGCAGGGAAAGUGAAGGACAAAAAAAUGUCUCAAGUGUUCCUGGAAAAACAGGAAAAAGGAGAGGAAGACCCCCAAAACGGAGGAAACUACAGGAGAUCAUGGUGAGUGAAAAGCAGGAAGAAAACUCCUUGGCAUCUGAGCCACAGACAAGAAAUGGAUCUCAAGGGCCAGGCCAAGGCACUUGGUGGCUCCUCUGCCAAACAGAAGAAGAAUGGAGGCAGGUCACCGAGAGUUUCCGAGAGAGGACCUCCCUUCGAGAACGGCAGCUCUACAAGCUGCUCAGUGAGGACUUCCUGCCUGAGAUCUGCAACAUGAUUGCCCAGAAGGGAAAACAUCCACAGCACACAGGGGCACAGUUGCAACCUAGGUGGAUGUCUGACCACCUGUCCCUCAAACCUGUCAGGCAAGAGGAGACUCCUAUGCUUACCAGAGUUGAAAAACAGAAGCGCAAGGAGGAGGAGGAAGAACGUCAGAUUCUUCUAGCAGUGCAGAAGAAGGAGCAGGAGCAGAUGCUGAAGGAGGAGAGGAAACGGGAGCUGGAAGAAAAGGUCAAGGCAGUGGAAGAUCGAGCUAAGAGGAGAAAGCUCAGGGAAGAGAGGGCGUGGCUGCUGGCUCAAGGGAAGGAGCUCCCCCCAGAACUUUCCCACCUGGACCCCAAUUCUCCCAUGAGAGAAGAAAAAAAAUCUAAGGACCUCUUUGAGUUGGACGAUGAUUUCACUGCCAUGUAUAAAGUUCUAGAUGUGGUAAAGGCUCACAAGGAUUCCUGGCCCUUUUUGGAACCUGUGGAUGAAUCUUAUGCCCCUAACUAUUAUCAGAUUAUUAAGGUCCCCAUGGAUAUUUCAAGCAUGGAGAAGAAACUGAAUGGAGGUUUAUACUGUACCAAGGAGGAAUUUGUAAAUGACAUGAAGACUAUGUUUAGGAAUUGUCGAAAAUAUAAUGGGGAAAGUAGCGAGUAUACCAAGAUGUCUGAUAACUUAGAGAGGUGUUUCCAUCGGGCCAUGAUGAAACAUUUUCCUGGUGAAGAUGGAGACACAGAUGAAGAAUUUUGGAUCAGAGAGGAUGAAAAACGGGAGAAGAGACGGAGUCGGGCCGGGCGAAGUGGCGGAAGUCACGUUUGGACCCGCUCCAGGGACUCCGAAGGGCCCAGCAGGAAACAGCAGCCCGUGGAGAACGGAGGGAAGUCGCUGCCCCCUGCAUGCCGAGCGUCCUCUUCCGGGGAUGACCAGGGCAGCCAUUCUGCACAGCCCCUCUGGGAGGGGGGCACUUCGAAUGGCAGAGGCUUCUCCCGUCCCCUGCACUGUGGCGGGAUGCCCAGCCAGGUACUCCUUUUAAACCAGAUGGGAAAGACAGUACCUGGAACAUUUGGCCCUCUUCGAGGAUCGGAUCCUGCCAGCUACUAUGGCUCCUCUCGAGUCCCAGAGCCACACCCUGGAGAGCCUGCACAGCAUCAGCCUUUUGCCAUGCAGCCCCCAGUUGGAAUUAACCACCACCGAGGCCCCAGACUAGGCCCACCUGAAGAGAAGCAGACACGUGGGGGGCUGCCGCACCUUCCCAGCAUGGGGUCACAUCCCGGAUCCUUGCCGCUGCGGCAGAUGAGUGGCCCCAGUCAGGAUGGAAACAUGUAUCCACCAGCUCAAUUCCAGCCAGGAUUUAUUCCUCCCAGGCAUAGUGGGGCUCCAGCCCGACCCUCAGACUUUCCCGACAGCUCAGAAAUUCCUCCUAGCCACAUGUAUCAAUCCUACAAGUACCUGAAUCGAGUACACUCUGCUGUCUGGAAUGGGAACCACAGUGCAACAAACACAGGACCCUUGGUGUCAGAUGAGAAGCCCCACCUAGGGCUAGGACCCUCUCACCAGCCUCAUGCUCUUGGUCACAUGAUGGGUUCCCGUGUAAUGAGACCACCUAUCCCCCCAAACCAGUGGACUGAGCAGUCAAGCUUUCUACCUCAUGGAGUUCCCUCUCCAGGGUACAUGCGAGCGCCCUGUAAGUCUGCUGGACAUCGGUUACAGCCACCUCCAGCCCCAGCGCCAAGCUCUCUGUUUGGAGUGCCCUCCCAGGCUCUGCGGGGCGUGCCAGGAGGGGACUCCAUGAUGGACAGCCCCGAGAUGAUCGCCAUGCAGCAGCUGUCCUCCCGCGUGUGCCGACCAGGUGUGCCUUACCAUCCCCGCCAGCCCGCCUCCCCGUGUUUCCCUGGCCCUUUCCCACAGAUAGCAUCGGUAAGCGUGUUAGUCCCCAAGCCUGCCCCGGGCAACCCCGGGAGAACACAGGAUAACAGCAUAACUCAAGAGCCUGAGAAUGACCGAGCAGAGCCUUUGCCUGGGCUUGACGAGAACCCAGCAAGUGUUGGUGCUUCAGAGGGGGCAUACCUCAAACAACUACCUCACCCUACGCCUCCCCUGCAGGACGACUGCUCCAGGCAGAGCUCACCAAGAGAAAGGGAAACAGAGGGCCCGGAGCGCAAAAGCAACUCCACAGAAUCUGCAGACAACUGUAAAGCAACAAAGGGCAAAAAUACCUGGUCCUCAGAUAGCAGCUACACCAGCCCAGCUACCCAGGGGGGGUGUAUGAGAAACCUCUCUGCUGUGGCAGACAGGGGGCCUCUGUCCGAAAAUGGAGUCAUUGGUGAAGCAUCUCCUUGUGGAUCAGAGGGAAAAGGCUUUGGUGGCAGUGGUUCUGAAAAGCCACUCUGCCCCAGAGGCAAAGCAUUGCAGGAAGCCAUGCUGUGUACAGGACAGAAUGCAACUACAUCUCCCAGCACAGACCCCAGUUUGAUGGGAGGCACUGUAAGCCACUUUUCUCCCUUGUACAUGCCUGGCCUGGAAUACCCAAAUUCAGCUACGCAUUACCACAUCAGUCCAGGCCUGCAAGGUUUGGGCCCUGUGAUGGGGGGGAGGUCCUCAGCAUCACAUCCUCAGCAUUUCCCCCCAAGAGGCUUUCCAUCCAGCAGUCCUCAUUCUGGAGUCUUUCCCCGGUGUCGCCCUCAGCAAGGGAUGAGGUAUUCCUACCAGCCCUCACCUCCGCCUUCCUACCAUCACUACCAGCGACCUCCUUACUAUACGUGUCCACAGGGCUUUCCCGAAUGGCAGAGACCCCUCCAUCCCCAGGGAAGCCCAAGCGAGCCCCCAUCUAGUCAGCCCCCCCCACCAAGGUCCCUCUUCUCAGAUAAGAAUGCCAUGGCUAAUCUACAGGGCUGUGAGACACUGAAUGCUGCCUUAAUGUCCCCAGCCCAAAUGGAUGCAGUGGCCACUAAAGUCCCAGCUGAUGGGCAGAAUCCCGGUCCAGAGGAGGAGAAGCUGGAUGAGUCUAUGGAGAGACCAGAGAGUCCCAAAGAAUUUUUAGACCUGGACAACCAUAAUGCAGCCACCAAGCGACAGAGUUCAUUGUCGACCAGCGAAUACCUUUAUGGAAGUCCUCCUCCACCUCUGAGUUCAGGGAUGGGUUUUGGAUCAUCUGCCUUCCCACCCCAUGGUGUGGUGCUACACGCGGGGCCUCCUUACACCCCUCAGCAGCCAGCCGGCCACUUCCAGCCCAGGGCUUACUCAUCCCCUGGGGCCGUGCCCCCACCUCUCCAUCCAGUGGCUGCCCAACCCAAUGGCCUCUCUCAGGAGGGCCCCAUCUAUCGCUGCCAGGAAGAGGGCCUGGGUCACUUUCAGGCUGUCAUGAUGGAACAAAUUGGCACUGGAAGUGGAUUAAGGGGGCCUUUCCAGGAAACAUAUAGACCGUCAGGAAUGCAAAUGCAUCCAGUCCCGGUGCAGUCCUUGUUCCCAAAGACGCCGGCACCAGCAUCACCGCAGGGAGAGCUGCCACCACGUAAGCCCCCAGCACUUCCUCUGGAUCAGAGCUAGUCCAAGGAAGAAAUAACUCCCAAGGAAAUGGAAAGCUGCACAUGAAGACUGGAACAUGGAGAA